CCCAGAGGUAUCCUGAAAGAAAGUUCAGUAACGAUUUGCUUGAACUCGAAGUCUUUGUGUGGCUUUGUCGACAAUCGCCGGAUUAGCUCCGCUCAUAAUGAGGACAUGCGGAGUGCAGCAGACAGCGCGAUCUUUCUUAUGAUGCUUCAACAGUCACGAAUGAUUGCGCUGACUAUAGGCCGCAGCGUCAAUGAGUCAAAACGAUCCGCUUCUUGCGUUGCCGAUGGUGGCAGUGCGGGAUGGUGGUAUUCUUUUCGGCGUCAGUGGUUCCUCUGCAGCGGCUUCGGAUGGUGAGUGGGUGACACCUGGCGAGAAGAGUCAGUUCUCCUUGGCCGAAGACGACUCAGUGAGGCAGCCAACGAGGCUCAAAGAAUCACCCUCGACCCAGGACGAUGUCGAGCCGACCAAAACAGCCGCAAUGCGAACGGUCACAACGCAGCUUUCACAGUGCUCAAUCACGCUCACUGCUGCCCAUCCCGGUGUCACCAUGAUCGGCGAGACGAUUGAUGGCUCACAUGUCAACCUGUUUUGCGACAUCAAUCCCCAGAUAUCAUGCUGGAACAUGGCCACAAAUUGUUCGAUCAUCCCCAUAAUGUUCCUCAUGGUGUACGCUUGUCUACAUCACUUUUCAUGGCGCUUUAAAUCGAAGAAUGAAACCGAACAAGCCGUCGAAGCUCGUGGGAGCCAAAAGUCGGCCCAAGACGAUAGCUGCAGGUCUCAAAGUCGGCCAGGAGAUGUUGCAGCUGAAAGAGCAAUGAAUCGGACUGUGUUCGAUGAAGUGGUAAAUGCUGCAAGUCGCCGAUUGCGAGAAAGGAAAGCUCAGCCAUGGGCAAAUAUCAGCCCCCAAGAGCUCUCUGUAGGAGUGUUGGCAGUCUUGCAAGGCCUGAACGACGUCGUGAUGCCUGCCAGCAAGCCUAUUGAAGUGGCCGAAUCCGACGAUGUCAACAAACUCGCCCGAAAACCCACGUCUGCUGGCGACGCUGGCCCCGUCACAGCCGCUGAAACUACCAGAGAAGUGUCAGAGCCGGGCAGUUCAAGCAGUCGUGGCCGCUUCGUUGAGCCGGAUAGCAACGACGAACCAGCUCCUCCCCAGCUCCAAGAUGCAGAUGACCAAGCCAGCAGGCCUCAGCAUCGAGCAUCUGAGCUGCACACAACUUCAAAAAUUAGCUCGAAUCCGCAGCAAAGGCCAGAGUCUCGGCUCGACGACGACAAUAAUGCAACUGUCCGAGAGGAACGGGAAAUAGAGAAUGCGGACACUGGUGGGCAUGAGUCUCCUUUAGAGCGCGAUGUCGAUCUGCAACCCGAGCAGAACACGGCCAGCGAUGAACACAGUCCGGCGACUCAGAGCAGCCACAUCCCGGUCAAUGUUCCUAGAAGCAGUCCGAACGCUGCCAUGCCCGAAGCGCACCUUAGCAGUACCCUCGACAGAUCGCUUCGAAAUGGAAAUGUCCACGACCGCAAUGAUGCGACAAGUGCUGGCCAUCGAACCGACGCGCCGCAUCCAGCAGAUCAGGGUGAUGUAGUAACAUCAAUCGAGCCGGCAGAUUUGAUAGAGACGUUGUCGUUCGAUGAGCAACGGCGCGAGUCGGCAGCCGCAAUUUGGGCACCUUCCAGUGAUCCGCACGUGGUGUUGCCGAAGGAGACCGCGAUGGCCGGUCGUUCGAUGUCAGCUCCCGUAUUCUCAGAUGCUACCGCAGCGCGAGAAGACCUUGAAACAGUCGUGGAGGCUGUUGCAAGGCAGAGAUCCGAGAGGAGUUUAUCGAAUCCUCUUCCUCUGCCCUCUCCACCGCCCAUGCAACCCUCGGUGGCGCCUGACAUUGGCGGGGAAGGCAGGAGAUCGUUCGAGGCAGCAUUUUAGGGAAUGUGUGCUACUGCGAUGGGGGCCCGUGCAAUUAUGC